AAUUGAACAAUGUCUGUAGUAGAUUUUAUUCAAGCCAUUACCGAAAACAAAUUCGGCGAGUAUGUUCUCCUUGGAGCAUUGCUCGUUGGAGUUUUCAAGCUUACUGUGUUCAUUCUCAGUGUGACUUCGCUUUUGGUUGAUUUGUUCGUCUUGCCAGCCACAAACUUGAAGACUUACGGUGCCAAAAAAGGCAAGUGGGCUGUUAUAACUGGUGCCUCUGAUGGAAUUGGAAAGGAGUAUGCCUUCCAAUUGGCCUCCAAAGGAUUCAAUGUAGUUUUGGUAUCGAGAACCCAAGCCAAGUUGGAAACUCUUGCUUCUGAGAUCGAAGCCAAGUACAAGGUGGAAACCAAAGUAGUAGCAUUUGAUGCUUCUACGGACGCUGAAGACAACUACAAGUCUCUAGGUGAUGCUAUUUCCGGUUUGCCUGUAACUGUUUUGAUCAACAAUGUUGGCCAAUCGCAUUCGAUUCCCGUUCCAUUCUUGGAAACUGAAAACAAGGAAUUGCAAGAUAUUAUCACAAUCAACGUCACAGCCACUUUGAAGAUCACCCAAACUGUAGCUCCAGUGAUUGCCGAAACUGUUUCCAAGGAAAAGAAGAAGGUCAGAGGUUUGAUAUUGACUAUGGGCUCUUUUGGUGGUUUGUUACCCACUCCAUAUUUGGCUACUUACUCUGGUUCCAAGUCGUUUUUGCAAGCUUGGUCUGCUGCUUUGGCUGGAGAGUUGCAAUCUCAAGGUGUGGAUGUGGAAUUGGUUAUUUCGUACUUGGUCACUUCUGCCAUGUCGAAGAUCAGAAGAGCCUCUUUGUCGAUUCCUAGCCCUAAGAACUUUGUCAGAGCCACUUUAAACGGCAUUGGACGUCGCAACGGUGCGCAGGAACGUUAUGCAACUAGCACUCCUUACUGGGCCCAUGCCUUGAUGCAUUUCGGCAUUGACCAGACUGUAGGUGUCUACUCCAAGCUUGCCAACAGUCUUAACUUGAACAUGCACAAGAGCAUCCGUGCCAGAGCCUUGAAGAAGGCUGCCCGUUUGGCUGCGGAAAAGAAAGAUUAGAUGGAAUUAUCCACUAGUAUAAUUUCUAUGUAGAUCCUACUAUCUAGUUGACUGCAGUGAUUAUAUACUGAAAGAGCAAACGUACAAUUGUGCAAAUAUAUGGAUACCAUUGAGUAUACUUUGG